AUGGAGAUACUCAAUAAAAAGUGUAAGAGAGUGUUGAAGGACUUGUUUUAUUGGAGCAAGGCUAGAAUUAAGGAUUUCUCUUUAGAAAAGGAGAAUUUGAAAGAAGAAAUCUCUAUGAUUCAAGAAGAAGAAGCUUCGGUUGGUUGGUUAUCUGAUGAAAAGCUUUGGGAGCUUAGAUCUAAAGUCAAUCAGCUUAAUUCAGUUCUAUCUAGACUUAACACUUAUUGGAGGCAAAGAGCAAAGGUUAAGUGGAUAAAGGAAGGAGAUUCAAAAUCUAAAUUUUUUCAUUCUUUUGCUAACACCAGAAGAAUUGGAAAAAGGAUUUCUCAGAUCAAAGAUGAAGAUGGUUGUAUCACCGAAGAUCCCAUAAAGAUGCACAAUAUUCUGUUCCAGUUUUUUCAAAAGAAGUGUAACCAAAGGACCUGCUGUAUGGACAAUUGGCCAGAACCGGUAGCUGUUCUGGACGAGACGGAUAGAAGCAUUCUGGAGAUUCCAAUCUCAGAUGUGGAAAUUCUAGAGGUUAUCAGAGGGCUUGGCAAUAACAAAUCUCCAGGGCAUGAUGGUAUUACAUACUCUUUUCUUAAGAGAUAUUGGAACAUUGUUGGUAUUGAUGAGGAAAAGGAGUUAGGCAUUAAAGUGGCCUCUUCAGGUCAAGUGAUUUCUCAUUUGCUCUAUGCGGAUGAUAUCCUCUUAUUCUCUAAAGCCAAGAUUAGAAGCAUCAAGGAGAUGAAGGUCAUUUUGAACAAAUACUGUGGUUGGACAGGACAAAAAUUGAAUCUUAAGAAAUCGUCUAUGAUUGUUAGUAAGAAUGUUGAAAGGAGAAGGAAGAAGAAGAUUGCCAAAAUUAUGGAGAUCAAGGUGGUUGAGGAGAUGGAAUAUCUGGGAACUAAAUUGGCACUGAGAAGAUUGAAAAAGUUAGAUUUUCAAUAUCUUUUGGAUAGAGCUUUGAAGAUUUUAAAUGCUUGGGGAAAUAGAUAUAUUUCUCUAGUUGGAAAACUUGUGCUUGCCAAUUCAGUUUUUUGUAAUUUGCCUUUAUUUUUAAUAUCACAUUCCUUAAUUCCUUUAAGUGUGCUGAGGGAAUUUGAGAAAUACUGCAGAAAUUUCAUAUGGAAGAAUCAUGAUGGAAAAAAGGGAAUGCACUAUAUAGCUUGGGAAGAGUUUUGCAAGCCAAGAGCUGCCGGUGGUUGGGGUUUACAUUCUGCUGUUAACAGUAUCCAAACUCUUAUAGCUAAAUUCUCUUGGAAUCUGGUAAUCAAUCCUCACUCCUUCUUAAAUAGAAAUUUACUUAUCAAGUACGGUGAAGACUGGUGGAAGAAUGAUGAGAUUAAAGGGGGUUCUUCGGCUUGGAAGAUCAUUGCCAAUGGAUGGAAAUCUUUGAGGAAAGUUAUCAGAUGGAAUAUGGUGAAUGGAUCUCGAAUUAAUGUAUUGAAGGAUGUAUGGAUUUUUGAUAAAGUCUUGCUCAAAUGGCCAACUUUUAUUGCUUCUUUUGAAGAGGAUAAUAUAACUCUGGAUUUUUUUAUUACUCAAGGCAAAUGGAACAUUGAUAAACUUCUUCUUUUUUUUGGUGAAGAAUUGGUUUAUGUUAUUAGCAGCAUUCAUAUUGAACAAGUUGGGGAGGAUGAUUAUAUGGAUAAAAAAUACAAAUUUAUUGGUAAAUCAAUUGCUGCAUUGAUCAAGGAAGAAUCAGUGAAGUUGAAUGAGGGGAGCUCUUACUUAUGGAUUCAUAAGUUGAAACUGUUUGCCAUAGUGGAAUUUUUUAUUUGGAGGCUUUGCAAAAAAGCGAUUCCUACAACUGAUUUUAUGAUGAAAAGAAGUUUAUCCAAUGAUAAUAAAUGUCCUAGAGGAUGUGGAGGACUGGACGAUGUAGACCAUAUCACUUGUAAGUGUCCAAAACUGUUUAAGGUUAUUGGCACUCUUCGGAAAUGGGGUUUUCAAGUUCCCUUUUUUGAUUCAUUUCAGCACUGUUUGGAUGAAGCACAAGCCUGGUAUGAGAAGAAUCCUGGGACGGUAAAGAUCUACUUUACUUUGUUAUGGAUUUUUUGGAAUGAUAGAAAUAAAAUUAAGCAUGGUAAGAAAGAAGAUAGUGUAUCAAUGAUGGCUACUAAUGUUAUCAGCAUGAUAACAUUUGAUAGAAGACAAAGAGUGCUCUCGGAGAACUGGGAUGCUUUUUAG